UUUUAUCCGAUAUCACAACUGAUCCUUUCCUCUCGCGCUCUCUCUCUCAUCACCAAACCAACAAAAGAAAUCUCCGAAAAUUUUCCUCUGAAUUCACUUUUGAAAAAAAUGGGAGAAACCGCCGAAUCAAUCAACACCACCGUCUCACCUCCGCAGCACGAAUCAGAAGACUCCACCGCAAUGUCCGCCACGGCAGAUCAGAUAUCAGACGAAUCCUCCAAAGCCGCAGAUCUGAAGAAGGAAGAAGAAUCAGUCGCAAAGCCAGGAUCCAUCUCUCUCCGCAUUUGGCCGCCGACGCAGAAAACUCGCGACGCCGUCCUGAACCGCCUGAUCGAGACGCUAUCCACCGAGUCCAUCCUCUCCAAGAGAUACGGAACCCUCUGCUCCGACGAAGCCUCCGCCGUCGCGAAAUCCAUCGAGGAGGAAGCGUACGGCGUCGCGUCGAACGCCGUGUCCGAUGAUGACGACGGGAUCAAGAUCCUCGAGGUUUAUUCCAAAGAGAUUAGCAAAAGGAUGCUUGAGACGGUGAAAGAUCGAUCUGCUGCCAACAAGGAAGCGGUGGAGGACGCUACGAAAGACGACGCGACUUCUGAGACGGAAAAGAGUGAGGCUUGAGAUCUGUCUGAUUCUUGUUUGCGUUUGAUUUUGCCAGAUUAGAUCUGUUAUUGUAAUGACUUGUGUGUGGAUUUGGUAUUUGGUUCUCUGAACAUGCUUCCUGCUUGGUUUGGCUUAUUAAGCAUUUAUGCAAUUAGUAUUAAUCAUCUGCUUAA